AGCAGCUGCACUCCGGGCUGUGACAGUACCUGAAACCCGUCUCCAUGGCUACGCAGUCAGAAGUUUCAAACAGAGUCGGUUCUCCUACACAGUUUCUUGCUCUGCUUCUACAAUGUACUCCGAAAAUAUCUCAGUUCUCAUGAAUAACGAUCUUCAAUCUACAACACCUGGGUACCAAGACAUAAAUGGCCAGAUCUCCCAGAUCCCAGGACUGUCAACCAUCAGCACUCUUCCUGAAGAGAGGGCCCGAGGGCGGAGAGCCGGAGUCCUACACAGUGAUUCUGACUAUGUCAAGCUUGCAAAACAAGGAGGGCAUAAGGGACUUUUGUGGCACGAGCAAACAAUUACUUCUACACCUGAUUACUACAAACCUCCAGGCUGGUUUGGCACUGCAUCGGAAGACGACAGCAAACCAAGUAUAAUUAACAGUGAAGAGAAGAAAAACCCUGGAGCUUUUCAACCGCCAGAGCCCCCCUUUGGGACUGACAAUAUGUCAGCCUGGGAGAGGGAUGAUAGCAGCAACAAUGGCAAAGGGAAGAACAACAAUGUUUAUUACAGCCAGAUGGAGAAAUUGCAGUCAUCUAAUCAAUAUCACCAGACUGCCAAAUUCAAGAGGAUAGUAUAUGACAAGAAUCCCGCUCCUGUCGACAUGUCUAAACUGUUGAGCUUUGGUUAUGCAGAAGACAACAAACCAACAGCCAACACUGGUUUGUCAAAUUAGAAGACUGCUGUGGGAAAAGGAUGAACAAACUCAAAUGCUUCCAACAGGAAUAGUUGCCAUCCUCUCCUUUUAUUAACUUCUGUACCCCUUCAUACUGAGCCACAUCAAAUGUUUUACAACGUUUCAAUUGUUCUUGUUAGUUGUAUUACUCAAAUGUGAAAGUACUUUGUUGAACUAAAGCUAGGACCAUUUAUUUAGCGUGCCCGUUAGUGGUGCCUCAGUAACUGCAUUCCUUAAGUAAAGAAGGCACCGGUAACUCUUGUGUCACGGUUUUUUGCUGUGUUUGUAAUUCUGUGAAAGGAAGCUUCAAGGAAUAAAAGUUUGUAUUAUUCAAAUAAAAUCAA